GAGGCUGCAGGACUCUGUGUGUGUUGUGCGCGUGUGUGUGGUGAUCUGGCAGCAGCUUUUCAUCUGCGCGUAAAGAGCUCCAUCAAACACACGCACACACGCAUAGAGAUAAGGAAAAGUAAAUACCAGCACCUUUGAAUUUAAUGGAGCGGUAAAGCAGCCCUGGAUUACAUUUCUCGGAGCAUUUUGGUGACAUCUUUUUUUUCCAUUUGAGUCGUUUGAAGGCUGCGCAUCCGGUUGAAUUUUAAAUUUGGGGGUAUCCUGAGUUGUCCAGAUGUUAAUCCACACCUAUUCGGCUAUGGACCGCGCCGACGGACUAAGCGGCUCUUCGCCGAGUGGGCGCCUCUCCCAGCUGUCCUCCCUGAACCAAGCCGCCUAUUCCUCGGCUCCCCCGCUCUGCCACACUCCGGCCUCCGACUUCCAGCCUCCAUACUUCCCUCCCCCAUACCCACAGUCUUCCCUGCCAUACUCCCAGAGCCAGGACUCGGCGUACUCCCACCUGUCAGACCCCUACCCCUCCAUCAACUCCAUCCAUCAGCAUCAGCAAGCGGCAUGGCACUCGCAAAGGUCGCGCUCCGAAGAAGGAGGGCUGUUGUCUCAGUCUCACCGGGCGCUGAGCCUGGACCCCCGUCGGGAGUAUCCAGCUGUCCCUCGGCUGCUGCACGGUCUCGGGGAAGGGGCGGCCGCACUCGGAGACGGUCCUCUCGGGAUGCACCUGGGACAUCACGGCCUGGAGGAUCUUCAGGGAAUGGAGGAAGGAUCAGCCCUGGGCAUCCUCGACCACUCUGUCAUUAAAAAAGUCCCCAUCCCGUCCAAGCUGAACGGCUCGUCCCUGUCGGCCCUGUCCCUCGGCAAGGAGGGCCUCGGCAUGGGGGCCGUGUCCAACCCGGCCGAGGUCUUCUGUUCGGUCCCGGGCCGCCUGUCGCUGCUCAGCUCCACCUCCAAGUACAAGGUGACAGUCGGGGAGGUGCAGCGGCGCCUCUCCCCGCCCGAGUGCCUCAACGCCUCUCUGCUGGGAGGAGUCCUCCGCAGGGCGAAGUCAAAGAAUGGUGGCCGCUGUCUGAGAGAGCGUCUGGAGAAGAUUGGCCUCAACCUGCCCGCCGGGCGACGCAAGGCAGCCAACGUCACUCUCCUAACAUCUCUAGUGGAGGGUGAGGCCGUCCAUCUGGCGCGGGACUUUGGCUACGUGUGCGAAACAGAGUUCCCAGCCAGAGCCACGGCCGAGUAUCUGUGCAGGCAGAGCGAGCCCGACCAGCUCCCGACGCGACGCAGCAUGCUGCUCGCCACCAAGGAGAUCUGCAAGGAGUUCGUGGACCUGAUGUCCCAGGACCGCUCUCCGCUGGGCGGCAGUCGGCCCACCCCCUGCCUGGAGCCCGGCGUCCAGGGAAGCCUCACCCACUUCAGCCUGCUCACCCACGGCUUCGGCACCCCGGCCAUCUGCGCAGCGCUCUCCGCCUUCCAGAGCUACCUGAUGGAGGCCAUCAAAAUGCUGGACAAGGGAGAAGGAGGAGGGAAGGGCCACCACGACAAGGAGAUGAAGCACCGCAAAUAGAGGGAGGGGCCGACACGUGGUGGUGAGAGGGGGGGGGGGUGACUGACAGGAUGGACGGAUGAGAGGCCGAAGGGGGAAAAAGAGAAGAGAAGAGGGAGAAAAGACUGACCAGAGCCCCUCUGCAUCUUCACCUUCCGCCCUCAGGAUAAAAACUUUUACCUCCACAGGAACCUCUGCGGCCCCAGGAGGGGGAGGAGGAGGAGGGGGAUGGAGGGAGGGGAGGGGAGGGGAGGGGAGGGGAGGGGUAAGGGGUAAGGGUAAGGGGGGGGUUUAUGAUGAUAUCUGUACUGUAAUGUGUGUCCGCAACCACCUCACUCAAAAAGACGCAUGGACCUCUUUUCUCAGUAGCUGGUUUGUGUCAUGAUGGCGUCUCUUCAGGAUGAGCUCCCGCAUACGGCUUUUAUUUAUUUAUUAACCCCCCCCCCCUCCUUCUUUUUAUUUAUUUCGGUGUCACCUUUUACGUGUGUUUUUUUUGUUUGAAAAAAAUUUAAAAAAAAUCAAAGCCCCGCCGUCAUCCACUAAACUCAGCUCGGACUGGACUCAUCCGGGGAAGAAGAAGCGCCAUAAGCCAUAUCCGAGACGACAACCUGCUCUUUGCUCCUCUGGAACUCUGGAAGACUUUUAACUCCUCCCGACCGGACGGGCGGGCGGGCACCAUGCAGCAGGGUGGUCAUGGGAAACCGAGUUCUCUGGGUUUGUCUCGCAGCGGGGAGAGGAGGAGUGAGAGGCAGCUAAAGGAGAUUUGUUUUCUUUUAUUUUUUGAAGUGCUGCGUGUUGGUAACUUAAGAAAAUGACACAAAUCAUUUUUGUACUUUCUGUGUAUGUUUAUUCUUAAUGUUAUUACUGUUGUUAUUAUUAUUAUUAUUGUAUUACGGCAUAAAUGUAAUAUAUUAUUAAAGAAUUAAGAACAGA